AUGUACCAGAAGCUCAAACCACCUGAAAAGGCCGAGAAAAACAAUGAAAAGAAAGAAGACAGAGGAGAUGUCAAGCUAGAGAACAACAUGACCAUCAGAAGGAGCAACUGCUUGCAAGGCAUGAGUGCUAGAGAAGCAGCCCUGAAACUUCAUAUCACUCCAUGUACAGCACAAAAGAUGGAUAGCGAACGAUCAGCGGAGAUCCUCAAACGUAUACUGCAAGAAAAGAGGGGUAGUGGAAGACCAGUCGGUAGGCCAGCAAUUAUGGAUGAUCGUCAUAAAACCACAUUUGGUCGACUUCAUCGACGAAGAGCCUGCAUUAGUGUUGGAUCAGAUGAUGAAUGGCCUGACAGCCGAGUUCAUUGA